AUGCCUGCGGAUCUGUUUAAAGGCCUUGACGCGCUUGUAAAACGCUCAACAGAACAAAAACCCCCUCAGAGGAUUAAGGGAAAGACAAACAAGGAGGUAGGAAGGCAGGAAGGCCCGCUAAAGAAAGACUUCCUCCACGAGGUCCAGACCACAGAAAUGAAGCGUCAUUCCACUGUAAGGACCCGUCAAUCGGCUCGAGAUGCCUCUGCUAUCCUCUCGAAGCUCGGAGUUGCAGAUAUACAGGCCCCAGCAGAUAUGUUGAGCACAAAUGAUAGCUAUAAUAGUUCAAGACUCAUGUAUUCACGGGCCAGUAAGCCUUCUUCAGUCGGUGAACAUUUUAGAGAGAUAGAAGGCAAGAGUCCUGCGGCACAGAAUGGACCUGAAAGGGCAGAUCAAUUGCGCUCCCCAAAUCUACAGUAUGCGCUAACCAUUGAUGACAUGGCGACCAAAAUGGCAAAUGAUGCGAGUCGUUCUCAGGCAUCACAAGUUCUCAGGGCCAAGAUAGAAAUGAGCACCAGUAAUCUGGAUGAAAUUUGGCACGAACCCUCUCAAUUCUCAACCUCUCAGCCUCUUUCUCAUGCAUCAACUGCUAAUUUCACAACUACGAAAGCAAAAGUGCCCUCAGGAAAACCCAUAGUAGAGUCUACUAAUCUGUAG